UUUUGAGACACAAUGUGACAGCCUGGGUCAUCUGGACCGUGUGCGCCAAUGAUAGGCGUUCGCCCAUGUGCGGCCUCUGCGGAAGGCUUUCAAGAUUAUUAUAUCUAGAGAAGAACUGCCGUUAAACUCUCAGAAACCGCCAUGGCUUACAUUCGAAAUCGCAUCUUUGAAGGUUACGGGCAGUCAUGGUCUUCACCACAGCCCUAUCACAUGAUGACUAAGCCCCAAGCAACCCGACAUACCUCACCGCCGACGAAGCUUCCGCCUCCAGCUCGAAACAAACGCACAACCUCCAAAUCACCACCCAAACCCGCCUCACCCACGAAACCAAUCGCCGCAAUCCCCGAAACACCCUCUGCCAUGGCCGAGAAAGAGCUCCAAGACCUGCUCAAGCAGCUCCAUCAAACGCUCCAAACGCACAAAUACCAGCAAUCCACCUCCCUUCUCUCGCGCGCCAAAGUCGCCCUCCUGCACCUCAACGCCCUCAUCCCCACCGAAUCCACACCCCGAAAACACCUCGCCCUUGCUCGCGAAACGCUCGAGCUUGGCGCCCUCACCUCGAUCCGACUAAAAGACCCCGUCUCUUUCACGCGCUACUUCCAGCAACUGCAGCCGUUCUAUGCGCUGCCCGACUCGGUCCUGCCCAAGGACGGAAGCAAUGCGAGCAAGAUCACGGGGCUGUAUCUGCUGCUUCUGCUGAGCGAUGGCGAUUAUGCGGGGUUCCAUACGCUGCUGGAGACGCUGGAGGUGGCGGCUGCGCAGGCGGGGCGGGGAUUAGAAGAGGAUGUGUUUAUUCAGUAUCCGAUUCGGCUGGAGCAGGCGCUGAUGGAGGGGAGCUAUGACCGAGUUUGGGGAGAGACGAAGAGUGAGCGGGUGCCUAGUGAGGAGUUUGGCAUGUUCUCGGAGGUUCUCAUCGGCACCAUCCGCAAAGAAAUCGCUUCCUGCAGCGAGAGAGCGUACCCCUCGAUCCCCAUCUCCGACGCCAAGUCGCUGCUCUUCCUCGACUCAGAAGGCAGCGUCGUCAAGUUCGCGCAGGAAUCCGGCUGGGUGGUCAAGGACGGCAGGAUAUACUUCCCGCAGCAGGACGACGAGUACCAGAGCAAGGAUAUUCUCGUGACUAGCGAUCAAGUCAUUGAGAAUACGCUGGGGUAUGCGAGGGAGCUGGAAACGAUUGUGUGAGGGCGUGAACAGGGAGUGGAUAAAGUGCAGAGAUCUGUACGAUACAUUCAUGGAUGGAUGGAUUGCUUGGAGUCAAAUGGCCAGCUUCGGAAUGGACGGGGCGGCGUUGGCCUAGCGUUAUAGAUCAUGAUGGGACUCAAUGGCCUAGAAGAUAAUGAACAUAUUCCCGAAAUGUCUUCUCCUCUUCUGCUACCUUGCCCGUGGUCCAAGACCCGUGUUUCCAACAAACGCGAAUGUCCCUUUUAAGC